AUGACUAUGAUUGCGGCGAACACGAAUUCGAGUUCCGAUGGGGAAAGACUUCAAAAGGGGCUCAUGUUCGCUCAGCAGUCUGUCGGUCCUCAGCACACCUAUUCGGAUUCCACCAUGGCUACAUCUACAUCCAACAUUGCGUUUGUCUUAGUUCCGGGCUCUUUCUCGCCCGCGUCAUACUACGACAAGUUAGUCCCUUUACUGGAAGCCCGAGGCCAUCGCGCCCAUCCGACAGAGCUCAAAUCUGCAAAUGAUGGUGAGGGAGCUGUCGUUUCCAUGUACGAAGAUGCAGACGCCAUCCGGGAGACCAUUGAAAAGUUGGCUGAUCAAGGAAAAUCGGUUGUGCUGGCUAUGAAUUCCUACGGCGGGCUGCCAGGGACUCAGGCAGCACGCGGCCUCAGUAAGGCUGAGAGACAGGCUGCUGGCAAACCAGGUGCAUUGGUCGGUCUCGUAUACCUGUCCAGCUUCAUGUUGGGCGAGGGCGACUACAUCAACAGGGUUAUGGCUGGUCGAAUGCCAGACAACACGCAAACUUCAACAGACUACCUGGCAAUGAACCCAAGGACCGAUGCCGAGUACAUCUUCGCUCAUGUCGGCCCUGAUGAAAAGGCCGAAUAUGCGAGUCGUCUCCGAAAGCACAGUUCCAGGACUUUUCAAGAUCCUUUGACGUAUGCAGGUUAUCUCAAGGUGCCCGCGACAUAUCUUGUCUGUACGGAUGAUCCGGUCAUUCCUCCCGAACUUCAGCGAGAAUUGGUCGAUCAAGCUCGAAGCAAGGGUGCAGUGGUGGUCACGAAAGAGGUGCAUUCAGAUCAUGUUCCCAUGAUAAGUCACCCGGAAGAAGUGGCUGAAGGACUGGAGGCUAAAAGAAGCAUUCCUCAAGGUCACUCCAUCGUUUCGAAACUCCUAGCUCACGGUGCUACGGUACACAUUAUUGAUAUUCAGCCACUGGCAAAGAACCAUGCAAAUUACCCUACUAGUGGCAAGCUGUACAAGCACAUCCCUGUCGAUAUUACAUCCCGUGAAAAGGUGGCAGCUACGUUUAAGAAUAUUUACGAACUCACCCCGGAUGUCUAUGGUCUCGUCAACACCGCCGGUGCAGCACCGUGUGAUGAUGCCGGCCGUCUCAUCGAGAGCGAUAGCGUUUACGAGAAGACAUUCGCCAUCAAUACCGCCGGAUGCUAUUACGCGACAACAGAGUUUUUGGCGAGGAUUCGUGAAAAUGUUCAACCUGAGGCCGAAAAUGCUCCUGUGCAGGAGACCAAGUUCAACAUCGUCACCUUCGGGUCCAGUGCUGCCUUGGUCGGGUUUCCCCAGUGUGCUGUUUACACGGCUGCGAAGCACGCUGUUCUAGGUCUCACCCGAACCUGGGCAUUCGACUGGGCAGCUUAUGGUGUCCGAGCCAAUAUGGUUGCCCCUGGCGCAACCAACACUCCUCUUGCUCAGGUUCAGAUGCCGGAUGGGAAAGACGACAAGAAUCCAGAUGUCUACGGCGACCAAACCCGAGGAGACGUCAUGGACUGGGCGCGCCUUCAAGUUCCUCUGAAGCGCUGGGGUGAGGCGAGCGAGCUGGCAGAUGCCGCGAUCUUCUUCCUCAGUGAGAAAUCAAGUUAUAUUACCGGCCAGGUUCUUGCUGUGAAUGGUGGAUGGCCUCAGACUGGUUAG